AUGAAGUUUAAAAAGCCAAACAACUUCUAUCACACCAUACCAUCAGAUACCAUCAUGCUUAAGCGUCAAAGAAAUAUGCGAAAAUAUUUUAUUGUUAGUGUUGUCGCUAUCUUGUGUUAUGUUAACUCAUUGUCAGGAGACUUUGUUCAUGACGAUUUGCCCGCCAUUGUAUAUAAUAAUGAUGUACUAGGUACAGCAAGCAUAGCAGACUUGAUGGUUAAUGAUUUCUGGGGAGUGCGCAUGAAAUUAAAAGAAUCGCAUAAAUCAUACCGACCAUUAACAACACUAACAUUCAGACUUAACAAAUAUUUCUUCGGCAUUGAUAGUGCAUUUUGGUUUCACGUCGUAAAUGUAUUUCUUCAUGGCCUUUCAUCUAUUCUUUUCACACGAAUAUGCUCGCGAGUUGCCAGAUUCAAGUCAAACUUUUCGCUAAUCGCAGGAAUUUUUUUCGCUGUGCAUCCAAUUCAUACAGAGUCUGUCUCAGGUAUCGUAGGACGAGCUGAACUAUUAGGCUGCACAUUCUUUUCGCUCUCAUUCUUAUUUUAUCAUGGGCAAAUUCUAAAAAUUUGGAUAGUAUAUCUCAGAAAAAAAAAUUCAAUUACAAUCCGAAACCACCGUUUUAGUGACCCAGAUGGCCAAUCUCUUUGGCUCAGCAUAAUUCUUGGAGGAUUGGCUAUGUUAGCCAAAGAAAGUGGUUUAACCGUUUUUAUCGUUAACCUUAUUUAUGACUUUUAUCGCAAUUGGUCAACGUUGAAGAAAACUGUCCAAGAUGUUCGAUGGAGCAAUGAAAGCUACAGAUUUGCCAAGCGAACUUUUAGUGUGUCAGUUAGUAUGACUAUACUUUUACUGGCUAGGAUAUCUUUACUACAAGGCUCAUUGCCAAGAUUUUCACAGCAAGAUAAUCCAGCAGCGUUUCAUUCUAGCCUUCAAACGAGAAUUUUAACAUUUUUCUAUCUCUCUUCGUUCAAUUUGUGGCUUUUGAUAUGUCCAUCAACACUUUCUCAUGACUGGCAGAUGGGAUCAAUUCCUCUCAUUUUAAGCUUUAGAGACUCUAGAAACUUAUUGACAAUUGUAACUAUCAGCGCAAUUUUUGGAUUGAUUUAUAAAAUUUUGUGCGAAUUAGAGCUUCGACGUCACCCUCCGAUAGUAUUAGGAUUUAUCUUAUUGGUAUUGCCGUUCAUACUACCAGCUUCAAAUCUAUUGGUUACCGUUGGGUUUGUCAUUGCUGAACGUAUAUUGUUCAUCCCUAGUAUGGGGUUUUGCAUAUUAGUAAUUUAUGGUGUUCAACUACUAUAUGAGAACAUGAAAAAAUUAAGACGAAUAAUAAAAGUUUCAGGAUGCAUAUUAGUUAUAGUAUUUUGUAUGAAAACCUUAACUAGAAAUCAGGAUUGGCUUACAAGAGAAAGCUUACUUAGAUCAGGAUUGAAAGUCCUUCCUAAUAAUGCUAAGCUACAUUAUAAUUACGCAAAUUUUUUACGAGAUACAUUGAAUUUAAAUCAAGCAAAAAUGCACUACAAAAAAGCUCUUCAGCUUUGGCCAUCAUAUGCUAGCGCUUGGAAUAAUUUGGGAACAUUGAUUGACGAUGAUAUAGGAACUCAGGAGCAGCAUUUUCUUUCAGCAAUAAAGUUCUCUCAUCAACACAUAAAUGCUCAUUUUAAUUUAGGUCAACUCUAUAGGAAAACCAACAAAACGCUCAUCGCUGUCAGAAUGUUUGAGAAAUGCAUCCGUAUUGAUAAAAAUUUUAUUCCCGCAUAUUUGGGUUUGUCAAAAAUUCAAACAGGAAUUUCGUCAGGAAUUUUGCUUCGAAAGGCAUUAGAAUUAAAUAAAAAAAGUACAAUCGUUAGAUUAGAAUAUGCAGACUGGCUUUACGCAAACAGAUUAUACAUUGAAGCAAUGAAACAUUAUAAAUUAGGAAUUUUUCAAGAUGAGUCCUUUCAAGCAUCAUUUAUUGUG